AUGGGAGGAAACGGCACAAACCCUAUCCACAACAAAGUGAAGAAGAAGGUCAAGGUUGAGGAUGAUGAUGAGACCAUCGCAUUCAAGCAGAAGCAGAAGGAGGACAAGGCAAGGCAAGACAAAUUAGCCAAGGAGAUCGGUGGACAGAAGGGCCCUUUGAAGACCAAGUCGCACGGCAUUUCCGGCAGCGGUGGUAAGGGAAAGAAAUGA